AGCGGGGGGCUCUUUCCCUUUCCGGGUGCGGGGCCCCGGGUGGUGCGGCGGGACGGCGCGGCGGGGGCGGCGCGCGGGCCAUGGCGGAGCUGGCGCAGGGGCAAAGCGCGGCGCCCGUGGGGAUCAAGCCCGAAGGUUUCGUCGACGCGCUGCACCGGGUCCGGCAGAUUGCUGCUAAAAUUGGAGAUAUUCCUCACUUGAAUAAUUCUACAACACUUGUGGACCCAUCAGUCUACGGUUAUGGAGUGCAGAAACGGCCUCUGGAUGAUGGAGGUCUCCGCGUAGGUGGGCUCCAUGGAGCACAGAUAAGAGACACAGAGAGAAUAGGUAACCAGUUAGGGGCCCUGGUACAUCAAAGAGCUGUAAUAACAGAAGAGUUCAAAGUGCCUGAUAAAAUGGUUGGAUUUAUAAUCGGCAGGGGAGGUGAACAGAUCUCAAGGAUUCAGGCAGAGUCUGGCUGCAAAAUUCAAAUUGCUCCAGAUAGUGGUGGGAUGCCCGAGAGGCCCUGUGUACUCACUGGGACACCAGAGAGCAUUGAACAAGCAAAACGGCUACUGGGGCAGAUUGUAGAUCGCUGUCGGAACGGACCUGGUUUUCACAACGAUGUUGAUGGCAACAGUACGAUUCAGGAGAUUUUGAUCCCGGCAUCCAAAGUGGGUCUAGUCAUCGGCAAAGGAGGUGAAACAAUAAAACAGUUGCAGGAGCGAACAGGUGUGAAAAUGAUUAUGAUCCAAGAUGGUCCAUUGCCUACUGGAGCAGAUAAACCUCUCCGUAUUACUGGAGAUGCAUUUAAAGUACAGCAAGCGAGGGAAAUGGUACUGGAGAUCAUCCGAGAGAAAGAUCAGGCAGACUUCCGAGGCGUACGCAAUGAUUUCAGUUCUAGAAUGGGAGGAGGCAGCAUAGAGGUCUCUGUGCCCAGGUUUGCUGUUGGAAUUGUGAUAGGAAGAAAUGGAGAAAUGAUCAAAAAGAUUCAGAAUGAUGCUGGAGUUAGGAUUCAAUUUAAACCAGAUGAUGGGAUUAGUUCUGAGAGAGUCGCACAGGUCAUGGGGCUUCCCGAUAGGUGUCAACACGCAGCACACAUCAUCAGUGAGCUCAUUCUCACAGCACAGGAACGAGAUGGCUUUGGAAGUUUGGCUGUCGCUCGAGGAAGAGGUCGUGGCCGUGGAGACUGGAGUGUUGGAACACCUGGAGGCAUGCAGGAAAUCACCUACACUGUGCCAGCCGAUAAGUGUGGUCUUGUUAUAGGCAAAGGUGGUGAGAACAUCAAAAGCAUAAAUCAGCAGUCAGGAGCCCAUGUGGAGCUCCAGAGAAACCCACCUCCGAACACAGACCCUGGUGUACGAAUAUUCACAAUCAGAGGCCUCCCCCAGCAAAUUGAACUCGCUAGGCAUCUCAUAGAUGAGAAAGUUGGUGGUACCAGCAUGGGUGGACCUGGAGGAUUUGGUCAAAGUCCGUUCAGCCAAGCACCCGCUACACCUCAUCAAAAUGGUCCUCAGGCGUUCAUGACGCAGGGCUGGGGCAGUACCUACCAGACGUGGCAGCAGCCUGGACAGCAAGUCCCAAGUCAUGCUGCCAGUGCUGCUUCUCAGGCGAGCUCCCAGCCGGACUACACGAUGGCGUGGGCAGAAUAUUACAGACAGCAGGCUGCCUACUACGGCCAGACACUAGGGCAGGCUCAGGCCCACAGCCAGGAGCAGUAGAACAAGGUCCUCACGGCAAUUUUUUUUUCCUCUUGGAAUCAUUGUGGAAGAAAACCUUUUUGUAACAGAGGUUUCUAGAUUUGCAACCAUUUUGAUGAAGACUUUUCUGUUUGUUUGUGAAACACUAGUUGUAGGAUAAUCGAUACUGAACUUUUCUAAGAAUCAGGAACAAUUAGUAACGUACUAAACUGAUGGACAUGCUGGUAAUUUUGUUUCCAAAUUUGUAUAAAAAAAAAAAAUAAACAAAACCUCCGGGAUUCUUUUUGGAGAGAAGCCAGAGAAUUUGCAGGCACCAAAACGCACCCCAGAGCUGUGACAUUUCAACACGUUGGGUUUGUGUGUGGUUUUUCCUUUUCCUUUUUGAUCUUUUCUGUUGCGACAGAAAGAGUGGCUUGGAAGUCUUAGGUGGUAUGUAACAAAUCCUAAACAGGGAGUGAAAAUUUUAAACAGUAUUUAAAUAUUCUUAAAUAUGUAAAUUCAUUAAAUGUUUUACUUCUAAUUUCUUGUAUCUUGGCUGUCUUUUGAUUUUAUUGCAUUUUUUUAAAACCUGAACUAUAUGUAUUGUAAUUAAUUAUGUGAAUUCUGUAUUGAGGCAGAUCCUGGUUUGCUGUCCGGCAAGUUAUGGGCGGGGAGGGGGCAUUUUUGUAGGGUUUGUAUAAUUUCUAGAGUCUAAAGGGGUAAUAUAAAAAUGUGUUAAUUUUUUUAGCAAUACAUUUUUUCAUGUCUCCAUUGUUAGUUGCAUUUAUGGAUCUAAGACCUCCAAGCUUGUUUAAAAAAAAAAAAACAAAAAAAAGAAAACAAAAAAAAAAGAGAAAAAAGCCUUUCCUCUAUGCUCUCAGAAAUAUAAAUACUGUUAUUUUUAAUAUUAAAAUGAAUCUGCUAUUAGUACCUUUAACAAACACUGUGGAACAUAAAACCAUAUUAAAGGUAGUAACUAUUUUUUAAUUCCAAGGUGUUUUUUGCUUUUUUCAUUUCUUUUAAAUAUUUUCUUAUCUAAUAUUUGUCAAAUUGCCUAGAGAGAAAGAAAUGAAUCUAGUAUUAACCACAGUAUGCGCUAAAUAAUUUUGAUUUAAUAAAAGGGAUAAUAUGAUUUCCAAUGUUUACUGUAGUGUUUCUUGUACAGAUAACAGUGUAUUUUUAAAGGAAAAACGGAAUUGAAGCUAUUUUUUCUUGCAUUUUUAAUUGCCCUGCGGGACAUUCCGUUUUGAAAUGUACUGAAGUUACUGUUCUUGGGUUCUUUCCUUUAUUUUUCCUUAUGCUUGAAAUGUCUAACUAUAAAGAAACGCGAUUGGGUAAUGUUGAGCAUGGUGUUUAAAAACAAAAAAAGUGUUCUUUUUAUUUGACUGACAGUUGCAUUUUACACUCUAUAUAAUAAAAUUCCCACAAGGUGUCUUGUGGGUGAAGUAUU